CUAGCCACGCCCCGGACCUCCUCUCCGACGGCGACCAGCCGAGCAGCCAUUUGUUUACUCGCUCCUCCGCCUCGUUCUCUUGUCCGGAACGGGAUCACCUGACUUCGAGGAUUUGGAUCCCGCUCGUCCCUAUCCACCUCCCAUCGCCUCACCAACUCCUCCCGUCUGGGUUUGCGUGGUGAGUAAGGGUGAGAGAGUCAAGCCGAGGGCCAAGAACGGCUCAACAGCAGAGCCGAGGGAGAUAGCCAGAGCCAGUCACCCCGGCGACAGUACGCGAAGCUAGCUUGCAUCCAGAUCAGGCGUCCUCGACUCCACCCCUGGGCUGCCGUGGAGCUGAGAUCCAUCCGGGCCUGGAUUGGUUUCUUCUUGUGUCGGAACAAUUCCGCAUCAGUUGAUUACCUAAAAAAAAUCCAUAUCUCCACAUGAGUAAAAGGCAUAGAAAGAGCAUCAAGUUUGGACUAAAGAGCUCGUGAUUUUGAGUAAUUUAGGAGGGAUAAAUGCGUAGCAAAACCUUGAUCCUGGAAUGUUGUCCAGUCGAAGGAAUAGCGGGGUUAUCCUAAGGGAAGGGUCGGUUAGGGUCUGGUCCGAGUUUAAUGAUCCCUCGCCGUCUCCAAAACUUCUGUAUUCGCAGUCCUAUGUCGCACUGAGGGGGCUGCUGGCCUCGGUGGUCUCCUUGGACUUUGUUCUGCUGUCAAGUAAGAUAAAAUCUACAUGGGCAGCUAUGACGUCCCAGAGGCAUACUCGAUCUCAGGAGAGAUUAAAAUCAAAGGGGUUGAGCUGCAAGAAACUUGCAGUUCAUCUGUUGUUGUGUUUCAUGGUUGGCAUUUUCAUUGGGUUUAUGCCAUUCUUCUCGGUUGAUGUUUAUAAGAAGAUAGUAUCUGAAAACAAGAGGCUUCCGUUCCAUGAGGGUUUGAUUGAGAAGGAAAUGAUGGAUAAUAAAGUUAAGGAGUUGGAGACAGUUGUAGUGGAGAAAGAGGUCGAACUGAUUGACGAGCCAGAGGUUGAAGAGAGCCCUCCAGUUCCUGCAAUGUUGGAUGAUGACGCUGAUUUUGCUGAAUCAUCACCUGCAUUACCUGCUAUUAAUGAAUUGGACAUCACUGUGAAGAAGCUGCUGAUAAUUGUGACAAUCACCUCUGUUCGACCUCAACAGGCAUAUUACUUGAAUCGGCUAGCUCAUGUUUUGAAAGAUGUACAAUCGCCUCUUUUGUGGUUAGUGGUGGAAUGGCCUGAACAGUCUUUUGAAACCACAGAAAUCCUGAGGUCUUCUGGGGUUAUGUACAGGCAUCUUAUAUGUAAAAAGAAUACUACAAGUGUACGAAAGAUUGCUGUCUGUCAAAGGAAUAAUGCAAUCUAUCAUAUCAAGAAGUAUCGCCUUGAUGGUAUAAUGCAUUUUGCUGAUGAAGAGCGGUCAUAUGCAGGUGAUGUAUUUGAAGAAAUGCAGAAAAUCAGGCGCUUUGGCACAUGGCCUGUAGCAACUCAUGUCGGAACUAAGUAUAGGGCAGUCUUAGAAGGUCCUAUUUGUAAAGGUAACAGAGUCACUGGAUGGCACACAGUUCAAACAGUUCAGAAGAAGGGUGUGACUCGUCGAUUCCCAAUUGGUUUCUCUGCAUUUGCUUUCAACACUACAAUGUUAUGGGAUCCUCAGAGAUGGAACCGCCCACCUAUGGAUUCUGUUGCAGUCCACUCAGGUGGAAGAGGUGGUUUGCAGGAGUCGAGAUUUAUCGAAAAGCUUGUUAAAAAUGAUCGUCAGGUAGAGGGUUUUCCAGACAAUUGCAACAGGGUCAUGGUCUGGAACUUCAACUUGGAACCUCCUCAACUCAACUAUCCCACAGGCUGGUCAUUAUAUAAGAACCUAGAACCCAACAUACCUGUAACAUAAUGUCUUGCUGCCUGCAAUGUGUCCGCUCCUGGACUCAGCAAUCCAGAAGUUCGAAUGGCACGGUGGUGAUGAAUUUCGACUCCCUGUUGUCACCAGGUUGCAGUAUCAUACCAGUUGCAGUGCCAAUGAAGAAGUCUGACCAGAGCUUUUCUUUUUUCUUUUCUUUUGUUUAUUCUUUCUAUGCUCGUUAUUUUCCCCCCUUGUAUUCACCAGCUAGAUACCGUACUGUAGAUUUUUUAGGUUCCUCUGCUUUAUCAUAUGUGUUACCUUACAGAUGUAAAAGCUUGCAUCCAUUGCAACUUUUGAAGAGCAAAGGCAAAUACUCUCUUGAUACGUGAACAUAUUUGAAUCAAGUCAUUCAGCUUGUGAGUUGUAA